AUGUCCCACGGGACCUACUAUGAGUGUGAGCCGCCUCGGGGUGGCCAGCAGCCACUCGAGUUCUCAGGGGGUCGAGCCGGGCCCGGGGAGCUGGGGGACAUGUGUGAGCAUGAGACCUCCAUCGACCUCUCUGCCUACAUCGAGUCCGGGGAAGAGCAGCUGCUUUCUGACCUCUUUGCCAUGAAGCCAGCGCCUGAAACCCGAAGCCUUAAGGGCCCAGGAACCCCUUCGUUCCCCCACUACCUGCCGGCUGACCCUCGGCCCUUUGCUUAUCCCUCACAUACAUUUGGCCCAGAUAGGAAGGCUUUGGGGUCUGGCAUUUACGGUAACCCGGGGAGCUACGACCCCAGGGCUGUGGCCGUGAAGGAGGAGCCUCGUGGGCCAGAGGGCAGCCGGGGCACCAGCCGAGGAGGCUACAAUCCCCUGCAGUACCAAGUGGCACACUGUGGGCAGACAGCGGUGCAUCUUCCCCCGGCGCUGGCAGCACCUGGCCAGCCCCUCCGCGUCCUCAAGGCCCCUGUGGCUGCUGCCGCCCCUCCGUGCAGCCCCCUCCUCAAGGCACCCUCCCCAGCUGGGCCCUCCCACAAGGGCAAGAAGGCCGUGAACAAAGACAGCCUAGAGUACCGGCUGCGACGGGAACGCAACAACAUUGCAGUGCGCAAGAGCCGGGACAAGGCCAAGCGGCGCAUUAUGGAGACGCAGCAGAAGGUGCUGGAGUACAUGGCCGAAAACGAGCGUCUGCGCAGCCGCGUGGAGCAGCUCACCCAGGAGCUAGACACCCUUCGUAACCUCUUCCGCCAGAUCCCUGAGGCCGCCAGCCUUAUCAAGGGUGUGGGGAGCUGCAGCUGAGCCUGCCUGGCAGACUGUGGACACCAGACCCUGAGGACCCCCACCCUCCUAGGUCCCCAGAGUCCUGAACAGGCCAAGCCUGA